AUGACUUGUUUGGAGCCAGUAAUUCCAGUCCGUGGAAGUGAUUGCAAGAGAGUUCAUUCGCUGAUGCCUUGGCGCCCAAAUAUUGGAUAUGAAAACGUUCAAUUGGUUCCAUUAUCGACAAAGUGCGUGUCGAAUUAUGCAUUGGAUCCAGUUACUGAUAUGUCUACAGAGCCGUUAAAAUUUCCAAAUCUUGUGACUGGAUUUCAUCGCAAUCCUGUUCAUGCUUCUCAAUCAGCUCUUCAUACUCGUUACACACCAAACGAAUGGUUUCAAAAACAAAUUAAGUAUUACAACGAAGCUGAUGCUAAUACUUAUUACUCAGAAAGAAUAAGAAAUGACGCAGUCAAGAUUAUGCGAGCUGCAGAAGAAAAAAUUCAUAAUUUCCAACACGACACAGAUCGUAGAUUAGGCGAACGAAUAACUGACGUGACAUUUUGGAGAAAUGAAGUGGCGGCUGAACUGGAAAGACUUAUUCAAGAGUGCGAAAGACUUCAAGAUUGUCGUGCUGUUUUGGAAAAAGCUAUUCAAGAUAUCGAAGGACCGCUGCAUAUUGCUGAAGAGUGUCUUUAUCAUCGGGAAGCCAGGAAAGGCACCGAGCUUGUCCACGAUGAUUCAGAAAAAUGUCUUCUCAAUGAAUUGUCAAAUCUUCGGACAAGUCAAAAAAAAUUAGAAGCAUGUCUCGAUCGAGUCAAAGACCAGUUACGAAAUUGUCGAGCUUCUCAAAAUCAAUUACAACUGGACAUGAAAAAUAAAGAAAGUGCAUUAGGAAUUGAUACUCUUUGCCAUCAACUAAAUAAUUACAGCCAAGGGAUACAAUAUUAUUCGGGUAUUGAAAAAUAUGACCCAUGUGUAUCAGAGCAAGAAACUUGGGCAGAUGCAGCCAAUAGAAUAGUUCAGAAGUCACAAAGUGAACGAGUAAAAUCAUCGCAAUUGCGAGCUGAAUCUGAAUCUUUAGUGAAUCGCGUGUCGAGAGAUAUGUGGGAGUCAUGGACAAACUCUAAUAAUGCAUUAUCUCGUCGUAGCUCUGAAUUGUUGGAAGCUAAAAAUCAAUUACAACAGCAUUUGCAUAAAGUUCAACAAGAAAUAUUUGACGUUGAAAAAAAUAUGGAAAUACUCCGGAAAGCUAUUGCUGACAAAAGUUAUGCUCUCAAAGUAGCUCAUACUCGUUUAGAAGCACGAAUGCAUCGUCCAGAAUUGGAAUUAUGUCGUGAUUAUGCUCACGUUAGCCUGCAAAAGGAAAUUGAAAAUAUUAAUCGUGAGGUAGAUAAAAUGCACAAGAUGUUAAAAGAAAUCGAGUGUCAGCAUCAACGAUUACUAAGAACAAGAAAUGCAUUGGAGCAUGAUUUAGCAUUAAAAAUAGAUGCAAUGUAUAUUGAUAAAGAAAAAGUAUGUGGCUUACGACGUGCAUAUCCAGUAAAUGCACUCUUUAGAUUUUAG